AAUCAGAAAGAUCUAAUAACAUCCUUCUGCGUAUUCCAUUGGCUAUUGAAGAAGAAAUAUUUGAUGAGGAUAUAUUUGAUAAGGAUAUACCUGACGGAAGUAUCCCUUAUCACACUAUUCAACUCACCGCAUCUAUUAAAUCUCAAAGGGAAUCCGCUCAAGAGGGUCUGAAACAUGUUCUUUCUGUAAUGAAUCUGAUCCAUUAUGCAGACUGA